UUGUCUGUCCCUCCAGAGCUCCCACAGCAACAUGUCUGUAAGGAGGAGGAGGAUCUCUCUGACCAGCAGCUCAACAUGCCAGUUAUAACCUCUGUGGAAUCAGAAGCAAACCGUGACCACCAGCUCCUCUCUCACAACUCUCAUGGAGCUGAGAGCCAAGAUCAGAAAGGAGACCAGCAUGGAGACUCAGGAUCAACUAGAAAUGCAGAGCCAGAACCAAAGAAGAGACGACGCAAGAGCAGAAGUCAAAGUAACAACGUAGACAACACUAACAUGUCAGAGACAGACGUCCAGAAGCUGUCGGUGGUUAAAGCAGAGGUUCCCCCUGAGCAGCAGGGGUGGAGCUCCAGUCUGGACCAGGAGGACCCAGACCCCCCACACAUUAAAGAGGAACAGCAGCAACUCUGGACCAGUCAGGAGGGAGAGCAGCUUCAAGGGCUGGAGGAGGCUGAUAUCAAGUUCCCGUUCACUACUGUCCCUGAGAAGAGUGAAGAAGAUGAUGAAGAGAAAGCUCAGUCCUCACAGCUUCAUGAAAGCCAAACUGAGGAGAACAGAGAGGCAGAGAGAACAGGAGCUGAUGGAGAAGACUGUGGAGGACAAGAACCAGCCAGGAACUCAGAUCCAGAUAGUCCUUUACAACCAGCUACUCAUGACAAGACUUCAGACUCCCCUGAAUCUGAAUCUGAUGAUAGUGCAGACUGGGAGGAGACUAGGGAACCUCAGACAGGUUUAAACCCUCUGCCAAACAAUGAAGAACCUGUAAGUGUUGUUGGAUGUAACACUGGAACACAUCAGUUAGCUCCUCUGAAUGUAAAGGAAGCUUUGGCCGCAAAAAACAUCUGCAGAAACACUCUGGAGACCAAACAGGAGAGAAACCAUUUAGUUGCUCAGUUUGUGGUAAAAAAUACCUUUGGAAGAAAACCUUAA